UCAUUUGCUGUAGUUUCUAUCGGUUUGGUGAUCUUAUCUCUUACUCUUAAAUCGUCUGGUACUGUCUUAUCUGGCCGUGUGUAGUACAGUUGAGAGCGUUGGAAAUAUUGGAGCUAUAAUGCUGGACAUGAAGGUGCUGGAAGGGUCCCUGGAUUGCGUGAAACCAACUGAACGGUCCUCAACGGUGAUAUCCAACUCACAGAUGAACGGGACCUCAAGAGCACGAGUGUACGCGGAUGUGAACAAGAACAACCCACGUGACUACUGGGACUACGAGAACCAUCAGACUGAUUGGGGUGACCAAGAAAACUACCAACUGGUAAGAAAGCUAGGUCGAGGAAAAUACAGUGAAGUAUUUGAGGGGGUCGAUAUUCGCACUCCUAACAAAAAAGUGGUCGUCAAGAUUCUAAAGCCAGUUAAAAGGAAGAAGAUAAAGCGAGAGAUAAAGAUUCUGGAGAAUUUACGGAAUGGUCCCAACAUCAUAACGCUACUUGAUGUGGUUAAAGACCCUGUCGCCCGUACCCCUGCCCUUAUAUUCGAAUAUGUUAACAACCGAGACUUCAAGCAAUUGUAUCAGACUCUAACGGACUAUGAUAUCAGAUAUUACAUGUAUGAACUGUUAAAGGCCCUCGAUUUUUGCCACAGUAUGGGCAUAAUGCACAGAGAUGUGAAGCCUCAUAACGUUAUGAUCGACCACGAGAAACGACAACUUCGACUGAUAGAUUGGGGUCUGGCCGAGUUUUAUCAUCCCGGACAACCGUAUAAUGUCAGGGUGGCCAGCCGUUACUUCAAAGGACCCGAAUUACUCAUAGAUUACCAGGAAUACGAUUAUUCAUUGGAUAUGUGGAGCUACGGGUGUAUGUUUGCCAGUAUGAUUUUCCGAAAAGAACCAUUCUUCCACGGUCACGACAAUUACGAUCAACUGGUGCGUAUUGGGAAAGUGCUAGGCACUGCUGAACUCUACGAGUAUGUCCAGAAAUAUAACGUUGAUCUUGAUCCACGCUACAACGAGCUGCUUGGAAGGCACUCUAAAAAGCGGUGGGAACGAUUUGUGUGUCAAGAUAAUCAACAUUUAGUGAGCCCCGAAGCGCUCGACUACUUAGAUAAAUUAUUAAGAUACGACCACAACGAUAGACUCACCGCCAAAGAAGCCCAGUCCCACCCCUACUUCU